CAAAUAUCUUUUAGUUCCUUCAAACAAACUGCAUCAGAGUUUUUGUGCAUCUCUGAGUUAGAUUGUCAAGACUAAAAAUCUGUGCUAUACCUAAUGGUAGAAACAAAACCUACGAGAGAUAUUUUUUACUUUUGACGUUUGACAUUAACCACACAAAAAGAGAAGAAGCCGAAAAGAAGAAGGAAGAGUCAUUUAGAGACAUUCAGUGUGGACAGCAGGAAGGAGAACAAGGCACAAAGAGUGUUUGUGCCUCACAAAGAAAAAAUUUUGAUUUGAUCCUGUGGAGGAAGAGACUCAGUCGAAUCAGGAUGUUUGUUCUCAUCUGGCUGACUCUGCUGGUCCCUGUGGGAAGAGGAAUGUACUGUUCAAAUGGAUUCUGCAUCAGUCUUAAUGAAGAAGACAUAACAGCAGAGGCUGGACUCUGUGCUUUGAUACCUUGUUCUUUCACUACUCCCUAUAAUUCUUUGGCCCAAAAUAUAGUUUGGUCCAAAUGUGAACCAUAUAAACAAAGAUGUGGUGAUUCAGACAUGAUAUUCCACUCUAACAAAAACAACAGAAAAAUUCAGCCUGCAUUCAGAGGACGAGUGUCAUUGCUGGAGCCUGACGUGAAUCAGAAAAACUGCAGCAUCAUCGUCAAUGACCUGACUAAGUCAGACUCUGGAUUAUAUCAGCUCAGACUUAAUGGUUGGGUGAAUUAUAAACAAGAUGGAUAUACAUUCUCUCAAAGAGCAUCUGUCUCCGUUAAAGAUCUGGUCCAGAAGCCCACAGUGGUGAUUCCUCCUCUGACGGCGGGACAGCAGACCACCCUGACCUGCACUGCUCCUGGUCUCUGCUCUGGAUCUUACCCUCAGAUCACCUGGACGUGGGGAGGAGCAGGAGAGAACGACUCUCACAUCGGGGACAACAUCACUGUUUUCAACACAGAGAAUGUGACUGCUGUCACACAGAGACACAGCUCCACUUUGACCUUCAACACUUCAGUCGAGCACCACGGCACCAGUGUCACCUGUAAGGUCAGCUUCGCCAACAGCAUCACUACAGAGGAGACGGUGACCCUGAACGUGAGCUUGUCUCCAAAGAUCUUAAACUCUGGAUGUGAGGUUCAGUCGGAGGUCCUGGCCUGUGUGUGUGUCAGUGAGGCGUUUCCUUUGCCCAUCAUCAAAUGGCCGCUGUUGGAGAGCCACACUGAGUACUCUGCUACCACCACCGUGUCGAAGCACACAGUCACCAGUACGGUCACCCUAACCAUCAAAGACCACAGCAACACUACUGUUGAGUGUGUCAGCAGCAAUGAAGUUGGGGAAGUGCAACAGAUCAUCAACAUUGUCUCAGCUUCUGACAGUCAAGAAGGUCCCGUGCAGCAGCGUGGACCUUGCAGCACGGUGCUUCCGUGGACCAUCGCUGCGGUAUCUCUCGCUGUGAAUGUUAUCUGCAUAAUCUGCACGAUGCUCCUUUGGUACGUUUCUAAGGCCACAUCGUAUUUUGCUGUAAAGCCUCUGCCAACGCAGUGGAGACACAUUGGACAACACGCAUCACGUCUCACUCUUUCUUCUGUCCGAAGGAACACAAGGAGGAAGGUGAAAACAAAUGGAGAGGACAGAACUUACAUGUCGCUGCAGAAGACAAACCGCUCGCCAGAGUACGAUGUUAUUGGACAACAUCUGAACAAGAGGAGAACUGUCGCCCAGAAGGGUCCGGUGAUACUUCCUCAAACCUUGUUGCACAAAGGAGGAAAUAAAAAAGUGAUGACAGGAGCGGUCAGCUCAGACCAGAAACACUUUAGAGAGACGAGAGAAGGAGAACGAGACCGAAAGAGAGGUCCAGACUGUCUCGGACACCAGAUCAGGAUGUUUGCUCUCAUCUGGGUGGCUCUUGCUUUCUUUUUGAACACAGGUUCAGUGCAAGGAGGAAUUUACUGUUCAAAUGGAUUCUGCAUCAGACUUAAUGAAGAAGACAUAACAGCAGAGGCUGGACUCUGUGCUUUGAUACCUUGUUCUUUCACUACUCCUUAUUACUUUUUGGCCCAAAAUAUAGUUUGGUCCAAAUGUGAACCAUAUCAACAAAGAUGUGGUGAUUCAGACAUGAUAUUCCACUCUAACAAAAACAAUAGAAAAAUUCAGCCUGCAUUCAGAGGACGAGUGUCAUUGCUGGAGCCUGACGUGAGUCAGAACAACUGCAGCAUCAUCGUCAAUGACCUGACUAAGUCAGACUCUGGAUUAUAUCAGCUCAGACUUAAUGGUUGGGUGAAUUAUAAACAAGAUGGAUAUACAUUCUCUCAAAGAGCAACUGUCUCCGUUAAAGAUCUGGUCCAGAAGCCCACAGUGGUGAUUCCUCCUCUGACGGCGGGACAGCAGACCACCCUGACCUGCACUGCUCCUGGUCUCUGCUCUGGAUCUUACCCUCAGAUCACCUGGACGUGGGGAGGAGCAGGAGAGAACGACUCUCACAUCGGGGACAACAUCACUGUUUUCAACACAGAGAAUGUGAAUGCUGUCACACAGAGACACAGCUCCACUUUGACCUUCAACACUUCAGCCGAGCACCACGGCACCAGUGUCACCUGUAAGGUCAGCUUCGCCAACGGCAUCACUACAGAGGAGACGGUGACCCUGAGCGUGAACUAUGUGAAGGAAGUUAAAAUCUCUGGGAAUCCAAGUAUGAAGGAGGGUGAGACUCUGAAUCUCACCUGCAGUGUUGAAAGUUUCCCUCCCUCUCUCAUCACAUGGACGAAAUUACAUGACAAAAACAUGCAAAACGGAACAGAAACUAAUCUGCGGAACGACACUUUGACCGACCUGCAGAACGACACCGGAACCCUCCCGCAGGAAGGGACUGGAACGUUUUCCCUUUCUAACAUGACGGCAGCAGAUUCUGGACAGUACGUCUGCACGGCAAAAUAUCUAAACAACACCCUGAUGGAAAAAGCUAAUGUGACGGUGAUAUACAUGAGGAAACCUGUUAUUGCUGGUGACACAGCUGUUGUGGAGGGAGACACUCUGAAUCUGACCUGCAGUGUUGAAAGUUUUCCCCCAUCUUAUGUCACAUGGACUGCACUUGACCCCAACACAAACCUGCACAAUGAACCGAGCGCUGAUGUGCGCAGCGACACUGGAUCAGCCACACUUUUGAUGCACAAAGUGACGAGAGAACGUUCCGGACGCUACAUCUGCACAGUGCAACACAUGGACAUGACUCUGACUGUAUUUGCUGAUGUAACUGUGACACUGUUUCCAAAGAUCUCAAAAAACUCUGGAUGUGAAGUUCAGUCGGAGGUCCUGACGUGUACGUGCAUCAGUGAGGGAUUACCUUCACCCACCAUCAAAUGGCCGCUGUUAGAGAGCCACACUGAGUAUUGCGUAAUCACCACAGUGUCAAACCACACAGUUAACAGUACAGUCACCCUAAAUGUGAAAGACCAUAGCAACACUGCUGUUGAAUGUGUCAGCAGUAAUGAAAAUGGGGAAGCAAAAGAAAACCUCACCAUCACAGAAGACGUGAGAAGACAGGGUCAGGCCACAGAGUUAUCAAAAACUCUGUCAUGGCUGGAAGGCGUCAUUGGCUUUUUGAUUGGGAUCCUUCUUUCAGGAGUCAUUUUCUGUUUGGUAACAAAAUGCCGCAGGAAACAGAAGAGCUCCUGUUAUCUUGAUGCGACUCUGGAGAUGGUGGCCAGUCAAGAGGAUCCACUGAUCGAUGCUGGUCACACAGUGGAAGACAAACAGACGUACUACCAAGAGGCAGCUGAGGAAGAAGAGGGAUCUGUGGCAGCAGAGGAAGCAGCCCUUGAUCUCAAUGGGGCACCAAAAGAUGUGGAGUACGCCAGCAUUGAUUUCUCCGUGUUGAAAAGGAAGAAUCCCAGGAAGGCAGCAAAGAUGCAAGAGAGCACAGAGACGGAGUAUGCUGAAAUCAAGAAACAAGUAAAAGAGGAAAGAGAUGAAAAUUGGGGAGAGGAAGGUGAUAUGCUGGAGGGCGACGAGGAAGAGGCGAUGAGGGGGGAGGAGGAGGAGGAGGAGGAAGGGGAGGACAUGGCAGUGUACUCCAAUGUGAAGGAUAUCAUGGGUGAGAUUUGACAAAAUUUUGAAAUUCACCUUGUGGUAAACUGAAGACAGAGAGACAACUCGAGGCGACCUGGAAGAUGGACUGAAUUUUCUUCUGGGUGUAGACAGCCUGCAUCUUAUCGAUGAAAUUUGUAGAUGUAGAAUAUAUCAACCGAAUGCGUUGCAUCUGUGAAGGAAAGCCUUUUUUCAUAUUAAGGGACAACAAACAAAACAGUUGGGACAAAUCUGAAUGCAACACAAUCAAGGGACAGGAUGGCUUACAAGGAGCUGAAUACGUCUAGACUGGCUCUAUUCAUUGGCCAGUUAAGUGCUCACAUUUCAAGUGUUGGAUUUGAUUGGUUCUCCUCUGCCAAUCAAAUCAAAGAGCAGUGCUUGCCUUGAUUGACUGAUUUGGUUGAUUUGAUUGAUAUUUAUGUGUAUUCAAGACAUAAUUUAGCUCAUUACAUCUACUGCACAGGCCUCCAAAAGUAUUAUUUGUUUUAUUAAGUUCUAUUGGCUGUUAAAAUAUGCAAGAACAGUAAUGGAAAAAGUAAGAAAGUGUAAGAAGUUACAUUACCUUGAAGUAAUUAAAGUACAUUACUUAUUACUUUUUUAACCGAGUAAUUAGUAAUCUGUAACCUUUCCACUUGUGUAUGUAUGAUAUAGAUUAUUUAUAUAUACUUUUGUACAUAUUUUCUUGGCUUACUUUUAUCAUCCUAUAAACACUCAUGAAAAAGAGGGCAUCCUGCUCUCAUUGGGCCAUCCUGUAUAAAUAAAGGUUGAAUAGCAUCACCAUUUGUCCCUUUUAGUAGAGCUGCAUCAACAUUUGAUCUGUUCAAGGUCAGCAUGUAAAGGAGAAACAACUGCAGCAACCACCUAUGAUGUACAUUAUAUAGACAAAAGUAUUCAGACCUUUUCAUUAUCAAAUUCAUGUGUGGUAUGGGGCUGUUCUUCAGGGUUUGGGCUCGGCCCCUGACCUCCAGUGAAGGGAAAU